CGACAUAUGCAGCUGUGCCUUAAUUACUGCUGCUCUGUGUGUUUGAAAGUGUACAUUCUUUCUACCGACUUGAUGUUACAGAUCAAGGUUAUGACAGUUUACUUCUGUUCAUAGUGGCAAUAACAAGUACAUUUAGCUUUUACAAAUGUGCAGUGAUUUUGUGUAUAGGCGACGGAUUAUUUUUCAGAACUUGCUUUGAAUAUUGUGUGAGAAUGAUAUAAUGGAAAAUGGCGGUGGAGACAGUGAGCUGUGUGUCGGGGGUGGCAGGUGCCGUCAUGUCAGAGACAACGUCUCACCCGCAGCCUGACGGCCAGUUCGGCAAGCGUGACUCUUUCAGCCUUUGUGCCGACGAAGCAGACGAGGACCAGAGACUGACAGAGGAUGAAGUCGAAACCGACCCGGCUAUCCAGCUCGGAGAGCCCCUCACAACGUUCACCGUUGUCCCACCAGAUGGUGGUUGGGGCUGGGUUAUCGUGGCGGCCUCCUUCUUCUGUAACCUUGUUGUCGACGGUAUCAUAUUCGCCUUCGGCAUGUUCCUCAGCAAUAUAUCGGAGACGUUCAAUGAAUCGAAGGCCAAAGUAUCGAUUAUUGGAUCACUGUUAGCGGGUUUUUAUCUUAUGGUUGGUCCAUUCGUGAGCGCACUAGCGAAUCGCUACGGGUUUAGAACAGUGUGCAUACUGGGCAGCGUUCUGGGUGGCAUCGGUUUUGCCGUUUCCUACUUUGCCAGUAGCGUCACAUACCUCUUCUUCUCGUAUGGCGUCCUGGGAGGUAUAGGCUUCGGGCUCGUGUACGUGCCGGCUGUGAUAGCUGUGGGCUUCUACUUCGAGAAAUGGCGUGCCCUGGCAACGGGCAUCGCCGUCUGUGGUUCUGGCAUCGGCACCUUCGUCAUGGCGCCGCUGUGCACUGCGCUUAUAAAUGCUUUCGGCUGGAGAGGGGCGCUGCUCAUACAGGCAGGCUUGGUUUUGAACUGCGCAGUGUUCGGAACACUCUUCCGGCCACUGAAACCAGUUAGAGUCUCCGUAGAACACCCAAACAUCGAAACUGUUGACGGUAAUGAUGGGAAAAAGUCUUCAGCGGAACAGUUACCUCUCCUUCUGCGGAUCAAAAUGGCUCGAGAUGACCAAAUGAAGAAAUGCGACUCGAUAGCAAGUUUUGCAGACAACACUAGCACAACAGCGGAACCUAAACCAGGACCCAGAAGUCGUUUCCACAAGACUAGCAACAAUAACAUGUACCUAACUGCUGCCCAAGUUCUCGCUAGAAGCACAACUGCAUUGGAAAGCUCUCAGAAAUUGUCAAGUCAUUCUCUGAACAUACAAACCAAUGCACUGUACGGUAGUAAUAUCAGUGAUACAUCUCCGCCGAAAUCCAAAAAGCGACUGAGCCUGACGUGCUAUCCAGACGCACCUCAGCAAGAAGAGGAAGGUAAGCGUGUCCUACUUGUGAACUCGGUGCCUGAAGACGUUACGAUUAAGAAAGUGGCAACAUACACGGAGCUCCUAAAGCCAGUUCAGGAGGAGAGACGUGGGUCAGAUGAGACCACUGAGAUGUUGGGGAAUGGGGGCACGGCUACAGAUAUGCAGGCAACUAACAAAACAGGGAAACGGACUAGAACGACGUCCGAAUGCAGCAUCAAGUCCAGGGAAGUAGGGGUCAGGCCCUUCUACAGGGACGAUAUAUUCUUCAGUGCAAGCUUACACAGGCUACCGCAGUACACGUCACAGAUGAGCUCUGUUGGGUAUCACAUGUCUGUGACGAGGCUGCCAACCAUGCAGGACGUGCAGGAAGAAGUGUCUAAGGAGUGCAAACUGUGCCCCGAAGCAGUAGAACGCACACUCACCACCAUGCUGGAUAUGUCUCUACUCAGAUCGCCUACUUUCCUGUUGCUGUCUUUUAGCGGGUUCAUCACCAUGAUGGGCUUCUAUGUGCCGUUCAUGUACCUCACAGACCGCGCGGAGGUAAGCGGCAUGGAGCCUGCCAUGGCCAUCUGGCUAGUAUCUACAAUAGGGAUAACCAACACCAUUGGAAGGGUCGCGUGCGGACUGGUGUCCAGCCUGCCUGGGGUGGACGCCCUCUUAAUCAACAACGUGGCCCUCACAAUCGGGGGCAUCGCUACUAUUCUGAGCGGUGUGUCGCUCACUUUCGGCUACCAGAUCUUCUACUCCAGCGUCUUUGGCCUUGCCAUGGCGUGUUUCGCCUCUCUGAGAUCCAUCCUUAUCGUGGAUUUGAUGGGACUGGACAAGCUGACUAAUGCAUUCGGUCUGCUGCUGCUGUUUCAAGGAGUCGCCGCGGCCAUAGGAUCUCCUCUGGCAGGCUCAUUUAUGGACGCUACUGGCAGCUAUGAUGCUUCCUUCUAUUUAUCGGGCAGUUUGAUUCUGGUAUCCGCUAUUCUGUGUUACCCCCUGAAGAGACUCAACACGUGGGAAAUGAAAAAAUCGGGGAAAAUGGCGCCGGCGGACGUUUAAAUAAACCAUGACUCUGAGAGACUUGUUUUCAAGUUUUGUUUUAUCUCAGUUUGAGUGUUUGAAAGUAGUUUCUCUGCAACGAAUUGUUUUAGAAACGAAACGGAAUCUUCGGUGUGGUCCUACUGUUUUCGUUUAAAAGACGAGACACAUCUCCUGAUUUCGUCAGAUCAUAGAGAUCGCUAGGAACAUGACUCAAAACAAAGGCUGGUUCACGUAAGAAAUAAUCAGGGUUUUUAAAAUUAUUGUUACAUGUGUUGAAUGCAACGAGAAAUGUCAGGAUUUCAGCCACUUUUACAGUGCUGUGAUAUUAAUGUCUUCUAAAAUGAAUUUUAAUAUUUGUUA